GUAGACUUGCGUUAUGCGUAAUAACGCGCGAAAUGCGGGUAGCAUGUGAACGAAUUUAAGUAAACAAACAUUGUUAGUUUUCUGUAGUUAUGUUUUGCGAAAAAGCCUUCCGCUUAAUUAAGGACCUCCAGAGAGCAGCGGAUAACCUUCCAGCAUUCAAUGAUGAUUUGGUUAGACAGGUUUUAGAAGAGAUGCAAGCCCUGUAUGAACAGAACUUAAAGGACGCAAACACCACCGUCUCGGGAAAUGCGUCUUAUUUUCAUGGUGUACACUUGCGUCAUACGGCCCUAGAGAGAAAUCAAAGGUGCCUUCUAGCGUACAUAUACAACCGUUUGCAAAAAAUUCGGAAAAUGCGAUGGGAAUUCGGAAGUAUAUUACCAGCUGACGUCAAAUAUAAUUUAUCUGAGGCAGAGAUACAGUGGUUUAGCAACUACAGUAAAACGUUGGCAUCAUAUAUGAGAUCCAUUGGUGAUAAUCAUGGAUUAAAUUUGAUGCAAGAUCUGAAACCACCAAAAUCUUUAUACAUUGAGGUCCGAUGCCUUGUUGAUUAUGGUAAGUUUGAGCUGGAUGAUGGUGAAGUGAUUGUCUUGAAGAAAAACAGCCAGCAUCUCCUGCCAAGAUCACAGUGUGAACCCCUCAUUCGACAAGGAAUACUGCAACAUCUAUUGCAUUGAUGAAUGAUUGAUAUUGGAUAUGUUUUGUGGGGAAAUAAAUCAACUACAAUCUUAUAAAUUUUCAUCCAGAUGUGCUGGGCAUCUGUAUGGGAAAUUUUGGAUCUUGUAUCUACAGUUGAGUGGUAUAUAAUGGGCACACACUUUGUAAGUGUAAUUUUAUGUUUUAGUUUGUUGGUGGGUACACUUCAGCUGUUUAGGUUGUAAAGUUUUUAUGUCAAAAGGUAAUUACAAAUUUUUGUUGAGUUUUGAUUAACACAAAUAAAGUGUAUUAUUUACCAACAUUGUAUUUGUUCAAGAUUAUUCUUGGAAGUAACAAUAUAAGAUGUCCAUAACAUGCAGUUAAAAAAAACUUCAGUUUGUCUGAAUGUGGGCUAGAACACGUGAAGCAUAAUUCAAUGAAGACAAAUUCUAUUUCAUGAUUGGAAGCUGACUGGAAGCCACUUUCUAAUGCUCCUACCUAUAUUAUUUCUGAUCUACAGCUAUAGUUCACAAGCCAUCCUACAUUGUAUGGUGGAGGGUACUUUGCGUAGCUCUAUUACCUACUAAUCUUCAACUAAAAAAUAUAAUGAAAUAAGCAGCAGCUGUACAACUCCCUGUCUUUGUGCAUAACUGGAGUGUUAAAUAUUUAUUUCUCUUUUAUAAUGUGCUAGUUUUUGCAUUGCUGCAUUUUUUAAUAAAAUUAUUUCUAUGUACACUGAUUUGGAGGAGGCGGGGGAGGGGGUGUGGGCACAUCUGAAGGAUGAUAUCUAUUCAAAUUUUGCACCAAUACCAUAAGAGUGGCGUUAGCAGCAUCACUAUGAGAGUGAAAAUCAGGUUUGCUUUAAAUGCAUGCUGUAAUUGGGCUAUAAGAAGCUGGAUGUUACUUCUGCAACUUUGCAGAUACAGUUGGCAGGAAUGUACAUGAAUGCUGGCUGUGGUGAUCACAAGAAGAUGCAGUUGCAAGAUUACUGGGCUCUGGGUGACCAUGUUGCACUGCUGAGAGGGAAGACCAUUGUGUUCAGCGUACAGUAUUAGUGUGUCAAAAUGCAUCUGCAGCAGUAAUUUGAGCAGCAGUUGGCCCCACAGUGACACAUCAAACUGUUACAAAUCGGUUAUUUCAAAGACAACUUCAAGCUAGAUGCCAUGAGCAUGCAUUCCAUUGACCCAGCCACCACUGACAGUGACUUUAGUGAUGUCAAGCGAGAGCUCAUUGGAGGGCAGCUUGGAGGUCUGUUGUGUUUUCUGAUGAGAGCUGGUUCUUCCUCGGUACCAGUGAUGGCCGUGUGUUGGUUAGAAGAAGACCAGCUGAGGGUCUGCAACCAACCUGUCUGCAUGCUGGACACACUGUCCUACACCUGGAACUAUGGCCUGGGGUGCGAUUUUGCAUGACAGCAGGAGCAUUCUUGUGGUUAUCCCAUGCGACCUGACUGCAGAUUUGUACGUAUGUCUUGUCUUUCAACCUGUUGUGAUGCCAUUCAUGGACAACAUUCUAGGGGGUGUUUUACAGCAGGGUAAUGCUCUCCCAUAUACCACUCUUAUAACCCAACAUUCUCUACAGGGUGCCAACAUGUUGCCUUAGCCUAACUGAUCGCCAUGUCUGUCUCCAGUUGAGCACCUACGGGAUAUUAUUCAAUGACAACUUGAGCAUCAUCCCCAACUAGAAUUAACUGUCCCUCUGUUGACCAACCAAGUGCAACAGGAAUGGAACUUCAUCCCAUAAACUAAUACCCAGCACUUGUACAACAAAAUGCAUGAAUUUUUGCGUGCUUGCAUUCAACAUUGUGGUGGUUACACUGGCUAUUAAUGUACCAGCAUUCCAUAUUUGCAAUGGCUUAUCUCACACAUUGACCUAUGAUCACAUAAUGUUGAUCACUUAAAUAUGUUACCUACACAAAUGUAAGCCUGAAAUUUCAUUACUUUAAAUUCAUUAUUUUUUGGUGUUGUAAUUCUUUUUUAUCAGUGGUGUAUAUGGAAAUAGUGCCUCCAGUUAUUGUAUUUCAUUUUCAAUAUGUAUGGUUUAUUUUGUUUGUCCUCUUCAUACUAAUUAGGUAUUGUAAUAAUAUAUGACUCUGUUUACUCAUCAGGUAUAUCAUUAUCUAACUACUUUUACAGCCAAAUUUUCUUUGCCUUUAUUUCUGCUAAGACUAUGGACUAACUUACCCUCUUUGAUUUCCUUAAUACUUGAAAGAUUUGGUGGUUAUUGCUGAGACAUCAAUUAUCUACAGCCGUACGAGGCACUUCUCAGUAGCAUUUUAAUGUUGUAAUCAUGAGUUCAUUUGCUCAAUUCACAUUAAAUGGUGCUUUUUUCAUAUUCUUAAAUCCCUAGAUUUAUUGUCAAAUUGAAAUGGUAAUUAACAGUAUUUAAACAUAAUUCUUUGUUUUGUUCGCAAUCAACAUGAGAAUGCAGAAUCAGAAUUGAUAUUCAGCAACAAGACUUGUAAAUUCCAUCUUACAGCCUAAACUGUGAAAGCUAUAAAAUAUUAAAUAGUGUUAUUGAUGUGUAAAUUGUUUCUGUAUUUAACGAGGUGCUGCGCAUUUUGAUACCAAAUUUUAAUUUAUUGUCUAUACUUUCAUUUUCAUGUAAUUGGUAGUUGAAAACAAGAAGAUGUAAUUUUUAUUGAACAAAUGUGAUUCAGGAUUUGUUAAUUAAUAAUACAAAUU